AUGGAUUCUUAUUCUUAUUCUCCCAUUAACACCGAUAAUUGUCUUACCUUUGAAAAAGUUAGACUAUGGAGUUUUGAACAAGUUACAAAUUGCCCAAAUUCUGCAUCAAAAGUGGGAUCAAUAUCACCAUCACAAACAUCUAUUGAAUCUUCAAUUAUGUCAAUUGAAAGUGUUAAAUCGCGCUGUAUUAAAGUUAUUGGACAAGAUCAAACAUGUACAAUUCCUAUAAAUGAUAUUAGCGAUGCUAAAUCUAUUUUAACUAGAGUGUUACAAAAAUUUAAUAUCAAUGAAGAUGUUGAAAGAUAUUCUUUAUUUACUACUACACGAUGUAUAACCGAUGAAGAAUUAGUUCAAAUUUGUAAGAGUUCAGAUAGACCUGAAAGAGAAAGAUUAAUUUUAAGGAAGAAACAUAUUCAAAUGAGUCAUGAAGAAAUACAAAAACAAUUGAGAUAUAAAAAAUUAGCAAAUUUCUUUGGUGAAAAACCUCCCACUACUCCUCAAGCUCCUCAAGUGGGAAUAUCUCAUAAGAAAUUACGUAACUUCUUUGGACAACGACCUCCUUCCGAAUUAAUUUCUCUAAAUUUAACUGAAUUCUUUCCUGGUCAUGAUAGUGAAGAAUUAGAACGUAGUGCAAGAAAUUCUAUUAGAAGAGCUUCUCGACUUUCCGCUGCUUCGAGAUAUUCUAAAACAAAAAGUAGACAAUCAGGAAAUUCAGUCUUAAAAUGGAUAAAAGGUUCUUUAAUUGGAAUGGGUUCAUUUGGUAGUGUAUAUCUUGGGCUUAACGCUAUAACUGGUGCAUUGAUGGCUGUUAAACAAGUGGAAUUACCUACUGGUCAAUCUUCCAAUGAAGAACGUAAAAAAUCAAUGUUGGAUGCUUUACAACGAGAAAUCACUUUGUUGAAAGAAUUACAUCAUGAUCAUAUCGUCCAAUAUCUAGAAUAUGUUCCUGGUGGAUCAGUUAGUACAAUGAUAAAUAAUUACGGUCCAUUAGAAGAAACUUUGGUUCGAUCUUUUGUACGUCAAAUUCUUUCUGGAUUAAGUUAUCUUCAUGAUAAAGAAAUCAUUCAUCGUGAUAUUAAAGGAGCUAAUAUUUUGGUUGAUGAAAAGGGAGGAAUAAAGAUUUCCGAUUUUGGUAUUUCAAAAAAAGUCGAAGAUCCUACAUCAUCUCAUAGACCUUCAUUACAAGGUUCAGUAUUUUGGAUGGCACCUGAAGUUGUAAAACAAACAGCUUAUACUAGUAAAGCUGAUAUAUGGAGUUUAGGAUGUUUGAUUGUAGAAAUGUUUACAGCAAGAGAAUUCUUGAAGAAAACUUUUGAAUUAAAUCAUGAUGAUAGACCUGCAGCUAAAGUACUUUUGGCUCAUCCAUUUGCUUUAUCAACUUCAGUUAAAUCUGGCACAACUUCAUCUCCAUAA